AUGCAACAACAAGAAAAAGUUGUCAUUGUUGAAGACUUAAAAUCCUCUGAUAAAUGUAGUAAUAAUAACAUUAUAGAAAAUGGCAGUAACAACGAUGAUGAAAUUCAAGAAUUCAUGAAUGAACUUCGUCCGUUAUAUCCUCCCAUUCUAACUCCUGAAUCACUGAUUCCAAAAUUUUCUAAUUCUUCAAGGAAACUUUCAGGAAAGUUCAAUAAUAAACGAAAGAAAGAACCCAGUGUAAAAUUUCCUAAUGCAUUUAUUGCUUAUCGUAUGGAAUUUUGUAAACAAUUAAAGAAUAAAAGAAUUUGUUUGACCAUGCAAGACGUUUCUUAUUUUGCCAGUAAAUUAUGGAAAAAAGAACCAUGUAGUGUUAAAAAAACUUAUACUCAAUUAGCAAAUGACGCUAAAUUACUUUAUGAAAAACCGAACGUGAAAGAUCUGGAUCUUGUCACGUCUCCUUUGAGUUCUUUGAAUUCAUCGCCUGUUCAAGUUAAUAGUAAUUUAAAGGACGCGCAACAAAUAUUUCCUAUAAAGGAUCAACAGAAUCUCAUCGAAGCCGAUUCUUCAAUAAAUGCGGCACAAACCAUAUACAUUGAACAAAAUUUAUCUCCCAUUGCCCCUCCGUAUAAUAUUUUAUUUAAUCUUCCUUCCGAAGAGUAUAUUACGCCAACACCUGUGCUCCCACAAAGUUAUCUUCCACCGGAUCUCUUUCAAUAUGUUCAUUAUAGUAUACCAGAUUUAAAACAUCGUAUACAUUGUUUAGAAACUGAAAAGGAAUUUUUAAAUAACGUAGUAAAUUAUUUACAAUAUGAUACAAAAUAUUCUAUUCAAUAUGCUGGACAAUAUUGGUAA